CCGGAGGAUUCACACCCGCACCGCCAGACUGGCAACACGCUUGCAGCGCCCGUUCAGGACAUUGAUCUCUUAGACUUAGACUUGAAGCGAUCGAGUGUACCGCGCUGCAAACGGGAGCUCGGGGCUCGAGGUCAAGAUGGCAGACAGCAACGCGCUAGCUGGCGAUCCUUCUUCGACAUCACGCGAUGCAAUGAAGCCAAAGCGACGCAUCAGUCCGUUUCGCAUGAUUAGAUUCAUACCCUUCCUCUCCGGCCAAGCACUCGUCCUAGUCUCGACGACAUUGAAGCAUUACAUCUUGGGCCCAGAAAAGCCGAGUUGGGAUCUGCCUACCGCUCUCUUCACUAAUAGUGUCCGUACGGCGGCCAAAUAUAAGCCUUCCAAGCCACCCACGAUCAAAGGACUGCGCAAGUUCACCGAUCUAGACAAGUUCUUGCCGACACCGAAAGGCCUCCUACUCAGUCCUUAUGAAGUCCCCGUCAAGACACGAGGCAUCCAAGGCUUUCUCGCCGAAGCGGACAAGGCCGAGGAUGGCUCUCGCGUCAUUCCCGGCGAAUGGGUCGUCGAUGAGCGUCUAUGGACCGGUCGCAGCACCCCCGGUCAAGCUCUGAGCGAUAGAGUCGUCCUGUAUCUUCAUGGAGGCGCCUACAUGGUCAUGAGCGCAGCAACGCAUCGUCCUCUCACUUUACAGAUCUCCCGUCGAUUCCGCUGCCGCGUCCUCGCGGUCAAUUACAGGCUGGCGCCCGAAACGCCCUUCCCAGGCGCGAUCUACGAUGCUGUCUCGACCUACCUGCACAUGACCGAAGAUCUCGGCAUACCGCCAGAGAACAUCAUCGUCGGAGGAGACUCCGCCGGCGGUGGUCUCUCGAUGGCUACCUUGCUCGCUCUUCGUGAUGCUGGCCUUCCACGAAUGGCCGGUGGUAUGCUGCUCUCACCCUGGCUCGACCUUUCGCACGGUAGUGGCUCGCACGAUACCAACGGAGCCUACGACUACAUUGUCGCCCCUCUCGAGCCAGAAUCGCAUGGACCGAUCAACCCUGUCAAGUUCUACCUGGGUGACAAGGAGGAAGAAUAUCUCUAUCAUCCCUACGCGAGCCCGCUCUUUGCAGACGUGCACGAUCUGCCGCCUCUGCUCAUUCAGUCGGGUGACGCUGAAGUCUUGCGGGACGAGUCUACUCUGCUUGCGCAUAAGCUUGCGAAAGCAGGCAAUAAAGUCGUGCAUGAGGUCUACCAGGAUGCCAUUCACGUCUUCCAGAUGAUUCGUACCUUUGAGGCAUCAAAGAAGGCGCUCGAUAACAUGCGCGAGUUUGCGGAGACGCUGCCAUGCAAGCCUUUCGAUACAGCUACGGUAGAUGCUGCAAUCAACAAGAACAUCAUCUCGAAGGAAAAGAAGCAAGAGGAGGAAAUGGACGCCGAGCCGGCUAAGGAGGCUUCCUUUGCAGCCGGUCAAGCAGCUCAAUCUCUCGGCAACUCGCAAGAAAAGGUCAACAAGGUCAAGCGACAGCCUGUCUUUUACUUUGCGAAGCAAUACAAGGACGCUGUCCUGCCGACUUCGCGCAAAGGGAUCGAAGGCCGGCACCCAGCACUGGUCAAGGAUUACACCGAGAAUGGACCUGCUCAGCGUACUGCUUUCUGGUGCGCCAUCAGGAAUCCAGGCGGCCGAAGAGGGUUAUUCACUCGAAGAGAGGGAGCCCAUCUGUAAGAGAGUAGCUGUAGAUAAAACCCUGUUGUCGCUCCGGUCGCAUGCAUGCAGUCUGACAACCGAGCCUAUGCACCCGUACCUUUUGCGUCCAGUCGCAGCGGCCUUCUAGUGACCGUGAGACUCGAUCUUGCCAUAGCCAACGAGCUUCCUUCUGCCGAUCAUCUCUCCAAUCGUGAAGAUGCCAAUCGCUUCGAGAGCGUAUAUCGCGACACGCUUCCAUUCACCGGAUUCGAUGGUCGAACGCCAGUACUGCGGAUCUCUGGCGCGGUUGAAGAGCGUCUCGUAGGCUGAUCUGAUCUCGCCGACAGACGAAGGAGGAGCGAGUCUUUCGGCAAUGUAGACCUGCUUGAGUACUUCUCUCGCUACUGCCGCGUUGUAGAACAGCGGCUCUCUGUAGGC